AUGGAGGACGACGAAGGAAAUGGAGAUGGUCAGGUACAUGUUCAUUCCUCUGCGACAAUGGAGAAAGACGACGCAUAUGGAGAAAAUUUGGUCGAUGUUUCUGUAACGACAACAACGAUUGAUCAAGACGAAGCAACUCAAGAGUGGAGCAUUCCGGUUACUCAUCUCAGUGAAGAAGAGGCAGAAAGAUUGACUGCGGUUCUUGUCCAGAAUGAAGAUGAAGAGGAGGAGUACUGGGAGUAUGAACUGGGAGAAAAGCCGAGCAAAGCCAACAAAAAAGAGAAAGAAUCUGAGAAUGAUGCAAUUGGUAAUGGCGAAGAAGAUGAAGAAGAGCUUGAGGAUAGGUACGAGCAUGAAAUCGAACAAUCAGUGGCUGAGUUUGAGGAUGAGGAGGUCAUUAGGAGGAAUACUAUUCCAGAUAGCUCGGAUGAAGAUGAAGACUACUUCGAUGUUAGAAAUAGGAAACGCAAAAGAUCUGAGGAUAAACUAGAAGUGGGAACAGCUUUCUGGUCUAGGUUUGAGUUCAAAGAAGCUGUCUUGGAUUAUGCUCUUACGAAAGGUCGAAACAUUGAACAGAGCAGAUGGGAUAAGACGAAGCUUAGCUUCAAGUGUGGGAUUAGAGGUAAAUGCAAAUGGAGAGUUUACUGUGCCUUUGAUGUGCCUACUCAGAAGUGGUUAGUGAAAACAAGGUAA